AUGCGUGUGUGGCUUCACCGAAAGACGAAGGAGUGUGAGUUGAAGUUACGAUGGUUCGUGCCAACCGUUGCAAUUCGCUUUCCAAAUCAUCUCGAGGAGUGGUGCAGGAUGGUAUUGUCAUUCGCGAUGGAUACUCUUCCAUGCAAAAAAGGCAUCGUCCAUGAUCAGACGGGCUGUGGCAGCGAGGGACUCUGCUACAUUGGCACAGGAAGCGCACAUGUACGAUCAGUGAACGCAUCUGAUGUGCUCCACGCGUAUUGUCUAAUCUAUGAUGAUUCUCGCGCACCAAGGUAA